AUGUGGAACGAAAAAGGAAGAGCGGUAACGCAGAUCAUGAUGUCGCUGCAGCGAAAAUGGAAAACCAUCCCGAAGCGGGUAAUAGUCGCCGGAAUGAUCUUUAUUGCGUGUUUCACAUCGUUCAUGUUGCGUGUCAACAUGUCCCUUAAUAUACUGGCAAUGGUACAACAAACAAGGACGGCCAAUCAUACCACCAAUCUAAUCGCUGUCGAAGAGACUGCCAUUGGUCAAGCGACAAAUGUUGGAAAUGCCAGCACAACUGACGUUCUGUGGCCAGACUUGAAUGGCACGAUCGCUUCCACAGAAAAUGGAUCCACCUUCAUUAGCAAUCCAACAGAAGUUGAGGCCGGCUCGAAUCUUCAAAACUUCGGACCACGCUACCAGUGGGAUCAGAAAACUCAGGGCAACAUUCUAGGGGCGUAUUUCUACGGGUACUUGCUAACAUCGCUACCGGCGGGACCGUUAGCAGAGCGUUUCGGACCAAAAUUGCUGAUAACUGUAUCGUUCUUUGUGUGUGCUAUCGCUACUGCUGUAACGCCUUUUCUUGCCGAAUGGGGUGCGUGGGCUAUUAUCGGAUCGAGAGGCGUGAUCGGCCUGCUGGCUGGUGUCGUGUAUCCCGGUCUGCACAAUCUAAUAUCGCAAUGGAUUCCACCAAACGAAAGAGGCAAAGUGAUUGCGUGCCUUGCCGGAGGAAGCACCUUCGGAACAGUGGUCACAUGGCCAAUAGCCGCGGUUAUAACUGAACGGUUUGGAUGGCCAAGUUCGUUCUACGCCUCGGCUGUGUUCGUUCUGCUGAUUACGAUACUUUGGGUUUGCCUAAUUGUGGAUUCGCCAGCUCAACACAGUUCCAUAACAGAAACUGAAAAGCAAUUAAUCGAGGAUUCGUUCGGAGGAACACUUUCGAGAUCGAAGUCCUUGCCACCUUUUGGUAAAGUGUUUACUUCGUUGCCAUUGCUGUCCUUACUGGUGUUACACUUUGGAAACUUUUGGGGACUGAGUUUCUUUAUUACACAGGCUCCCAAGUUUAUGAACGAAGUUCUUGGUUUUAACUUAUCCAAAGCUGGAUUUUUAUCCAGUUUACCAUACCUGGCACGAAUGAUCUCAGGUUUUAUCUUCGGCUUCGUCGGUGAUCUAAUUCGACAAAAACAAAUCAUGAGUACAACAGCCCUCAGAAAAACAUUCUGCUUGUUUUCUCAUAUUAUCCCGGGAGCAUUGUCGCUACCACUCUUUGGAAAAGAUCCUUUAGUUUGCGUUGGGUUCAUCGUAGCAUGCCUUGGAGUCAAUGGCGCUGCCACCAUAACAGACCUUGUCAAUGCACAAGAUUUGGCACCGAACUUUGCAGCAACCCUAUACGGAGUGAUGAGCUUUUUUGGGACUACUGCCGGUUUUAUUGCACCUAUGCUGGUCGCACAUUUCACAUCGGAGCAGAACACGAUGGAGCAAUGGGAAAGCAUCUUCUACAUAAAUGCCAGCAUCUACCUAAUUACUGGACUUAACUUCAUCGUUUUCGGUUCGGGAAAAGUCCAAAGCUGGAAUGAGGUUGAGCAGAAGCCUUCUGCUAUUGAAUUUUCUGAUAGAAAAGCCACGAAAAAUAUCGAGUGCAACAAUAUAAAGAAGGAAUGAUAUUGGCACAUAGAAACAAACAUCACACGCAAUAUACCUUCAAUCAUGCACCGGUGUCC